CUUCACAUAUCCAACAAACGCAAAAACAAAGGCUAAAAGAAACAUAAAAUCAGAAUCUCAAAAAAACAAACAAAAAAAAUUCCUUUAUCAUCCUCUUCAGUUUUUUCGAAGGUCAAUCCUAUUAAUGAAGCGGACUGAGACUGUGAAGCCCGCCGAGCGUAGCGAUAGUCGAUACAAGGGAGUGCGUAAGCGCAAGUGGGGCAAAUACGUUUCCGAAAUCCGAUUACCGAAUAGCCGCGAGAGGAUAUGGUUGGGUUCCUACGAUACUGCCGAGAAGGCGGCGCGUGCAUUCGACGCGGCCCUUUACUGUUUGCGUGGUCGUACCGCCAAGUUUAACUUCCCCGACAAUCCUCCCGAGAUUGACGGUGGCCGCUCGCUGACUCCGGCUGAGAUCCAAGUGGCUGCGUCCAGGUUUGCGAAUUCGGAUCCCCAGAAGAGCAAUUCGGAUGUUUGCAUAUCCGAAUCGCAGUCGCAGAUGGAAUCCGCAUCAUCACCUUCUCCGUCGGUUUCUGAAGGGAGUGGAACAGUCCAGUUGGAUAGUGACACGACAACCGACGGGUCGUUUUUGGAUUUGUUUAGGACAAUGGGUUCGGGUAAUUACGCAUCGGAUUACGGGUUAUUUCCGGGUUUUGAUGAUUUUUCGAGCGAUUUUUUCAAUCCUCCACCUCCACCCGUCGAUUAUGGAGAAGACAACGUUGAUGACGUUAUACCCCAGGAUUCAUUCCUUUGGAAUUUCUGAAGCAAAGGCAUUACUAGAGUUUCUUUCAAAAACUGGUUUUUUUUUUUUACGGUUUUUGAAAUUGAGGACUCUGUUUUUGCGAAACAUUUCACAAAAAAACAAUUUGGCUGUUUUCAUUAUUAUUAUUAUUAUUAUUUUUUUUUUAAGUAUGAAAACAGUUAAAACCCAAAUUCUUUAAAUUUAGAUUUAAGAAUUAGAAAAAUUGUUUAUCAAUGCAAAUCAGACGAAUAUUUUAAUCCGUGUAAUGGAUGGACCAAUUUUUGAACGGGCCAUCUUUCGAUCUGAUUCUUGUUUACUACAGUUUGUCUUCAGCCGUCGAUCAAAGUGUAAAGCAGUAUACAUAUUGUACCUAUUUCAUUGUAUUUGUUGAUGGAACUGAUCAAUGAAAAUACUGUUAUUGAAAUUUUCAA